AAACAAAAGAAAGAUGUAAGCAGAUUAAAUUGAUUGGCCAUUUUUCCUCUGGCUAUAUUGUUGGAGAAAGUAAAAAGCUUUUCAAACUUGAUAAAAUUGAAAACGAAUUUUUAAAAUGUUAUUUCUCUUAACUAAAGCAGCGUUGCUAAGCUAUAACCUACAAGAGGCAAGAAGCUAAGCACUGAUAGUCCAUACAAGUAUCAGUUUUCAUUCAUUUAUAUGUGAGUUUCAUUUGAAUCUAAUAAUGAUGGUCCUCUUUCAAUGACAAUAAAAACUCCAGCUAAUUACCUACAUCUUACAACUCAUGACUCUCCGUUUUUAAAUGAAUUACAUAAUUAAACGAGUACAAGGAACUUUCUGAUGAAAAGAUGGUAUCCGUGGCAACAUUUAAAGCUCAACUGCAAAUAUAGGCUAGUUGAGUCUGUUGGCUUAUAAAUGCCUCAUUAUUAAAAAUCUAAUCAUGUACAUUUUUUGGCUUCUUCAUUCAUACCUUUACGCUAACAACAUGAUGAAGUUCUAUAUCCUCUUAAUCAUAGGAUAUUUCUCAUGUUGUUUCCAUGAUAAGGUUGUUUCAGUUCCAAGUCCUAUUCCAUAUAAGUCUGUUUUCAACUUUGGUGACUCAUUGAGUGACACUGGCAAUUUCCUUGCCUCUGGUGCCAUUCAAUUCCCCGUCAUCGGAAAGCUUCCUUAUGGGGUAACCUUCUUUAGAAAGGCCACUGGCCGCUGCUCCGAUGGCCGACUGAUAAUUGAUUUCAUAGCUGAGGCAUAUGGUUUGCCACUUUUGCCACCGUAUCUGAACCUAAGCAAUGGACAAAACAUUAAGCAAGGAGUGAAUUUUGCUGUUGCUGGAGCCACUGCGCUAGAUGCAGAUUUCUUCAUCCAAAGGGGAAUUGGAAAAGCUUUGUGGACUCGUGAUUCAUUGAACGUUCAGCUUGGCUGGUUCAGGAAGCUUAAACCCUCUCUUUGCACCACUAAACAAGAUUGUGAUAACUACUUCAAGAAUUCUCUAUUCAUGGUGGGGGAGAUAGGUGGUAAUGAUUAUAACUAUGCGGCAGUUUUUGGUGGAAAUGUUAGCCAACUACUAGAUAACGUUCCUGUAGUUGUUGAAGCAAUAACAAACGCCACAAGGGCAUUGAUAGAAGAAGGAGCAGUGGAGUUAGUGGUGCCGGGAAAUUUUCCAGUUGGGUGCUCAGCUGUGUACCUGACCUUGUUUAGAAGCCCAAACAAAGGGGACUACGAUGAAAAUGGAUGCUUGAAUGCCUUCAACGGUUUUGCAAUGUACCAUAACGAACAGCUCCAACUUGCUUUAAGGAAUCUAAGGCACAAAUACACUCAAGCAAGGAUCAUCUAUGCUGACUAUUACGGUGCAGCGCAACGUUUCUACCGUGCACCAGGGCACUAUGGGUUCCGAAGGACAUUAAGAGCAUGCUGUGGAGGAGGUGGACCGUUCAAUUUCAACAAUUCAGCAAGGUGUGGUCACGUUGGCUCAAACGCAUGUCCAGAUCCAUCCAAGUAUCCUAACUGGGAUGGAAUUCACUUGACAGAAGCAUCUUACAGGCACAUAGCUAGGGGUCUAGUUAACGGUCCUUUCUCAAGGCCCCCUCUCAAGUCCUCUCCCUUUAUCAUACCAUAGACAUAAAUGUAACAAUGACAUUCAAAUAACACCUUCCCUUGUUAACUACUUCA